AGUCGUGUUAGAGCAAAAAAUUGUUUAUUUUGAGCCUGUUUUUUGAUAGUACGGUUUAAACUUUCAUUCGAACUUGGAGUAGUUUCUGAUACGUUUUUCGAAAGACGAGCUUAGAAUAACCUAGUUUUCUUACAUUCGAACUUGGACCAGUUUCUGAUACGUUUCUCGAAAGACGAGCUUAGAAUAACCUAGUUUUCUUACAAUCUUUUUGAGGGAUAUCCAUCUACACAAAAGAAAAUGGCGCAGUCUAGUGGAGCAUAUCCGACUAUGGAAGCCCCUCAGCAGGUACUACGAAAGAUCACUUUUUAGCUCUCACUUUCUUGUCUGCUAUCCCUUGGUACUUGAUGAAGAAGUAAAGAAUUGAAUCCAUUGUUGUGGAACACAGAAAAGCGUCGUUAUGAAUGAAAGAAUCCGAGUUGUAACCUGUUCCCUUGUUCUCCACAAAACUCAGGCUUCCCCAGUGACUUUGCUGUCCGAUGGCACUCCUUUGGUACAAGGGACUCCAGUUAUUGGUCGCACUUCUAUGGCCGCUUCCGAAAUUCCGGUGAUCGAGACCAGUGCUCCAAGUGGUACACAGCAGCAGCAAGUGCCGAUCGUGGAAGAAAACCUCCCUCCGAUCGAAGUCGUCCUGCUCAACAAGCAGAAGGGUACUCAGCGCACUGUGACCAUGAAAAAAGGCGAUGUGCUGAAUAUGAAGCCGGGAGAGGAACUCGCUCCGGGAAGCUCGAAGCGUUUGCGUGUGCAGCCGGUUAGUCAGGGACGGCGUCGUCAAGUUAUCAUGCAGCAACGUCCAGGAGUAGUCCUGCGUCGACCACGCUACUACCGCGAUCCGUUUUUUUACGAUCCACUGUUCGAUCCUUAUCCGUAUGGAGGUUAUGGGUAUGGCUACUAUGGACGGCCUUACGGUUAUGGAUUCGGCGAGGCAGCCUUGACUGGAGCUGCAUUCGGGUUGGGAUUGGGACUGUUGUUUUAA